AUUGUACGGCACCACAAGGUUUAUAAAAGCAGGAGGAGUUUUCAGAUGAUCAGUCCCUCCGUCUGCAGCAGAACUACUACCACAGCACAAUGGGAAAUUCUGCUCCUGCUCCUCCUAGUGAGACCAAACCCUCUCCCACUCUGGAUGAACCAUGGAGGAAAGUUUCCCGGCAGGACAAUGAGCGUGAUCUGAAGUAUGUGCAGGAUUACAAGCCUGAAAACAACAGCAUCAGACAUCUCCGUAUUCUUCUACAUGGGCCUGUCGGAGCUGGAAAGUCCAGCUUCAUCAACUCUGUCAGCAGCACCCUGCAAGGCAGGAUAGCAAUCCCUGCUGUGACCAGUGCAAUUACCGCUGACAAAAGCUUCACCACAAAGUAUCAAACUCAUAAAAUAAAAAAAGGAAGAGGAAGCUCUGCUGUAUGUUACCCUUUGGUCUUCAAUGACAUCAUGGGUCUGGAGGGGGGGACUAAUGCUGGUGUUCAUCCUGACGACAUCAAACUGGCCAUGAGAGGCCACGUGAGGGAAGGUCACAAGUUCAACCCAGUGGCUCCACUGUCAGAAGAAGAUCCCGGCUACAACCGGACCCCCUCUGCAGAUGACAAAGUUCAUGUUCUGGUCUGUAUUCAUUCUGCCAACGCAUCAGAAAUUAAGGACUCGGUUCUGAAAAAGAUGAGCAGCAUCAGACAGGCAGCCAGUGACUUGGGGAUUCCUCAAAUGGCAAUCAUUACCAAAAUUGAUGAGGCCUGUCCUGAAACUGGAAAAGACCUGAAGAAUGUGUAUAAGAGCAAACACCUGAAAAAGAAGAUGAAAGAGUUCAGCUCUGCACUGGGAAUCCCAAUGAACUGCAUCUUUCCUGUGAAGAACUACAGCGAGGAAAUCGAAACUCACGAGGAUGUUGACACGCUGAUUUUGAGCGCGCUCAGAAACAUGAUCAACUUUGGAGACGACUUCAUUGAAAAUCUUCAAGUUUGGAAUCAGGAGUUGUGAACAUGAAAUCAUAAAAUGAUUUACCUGAGUUAUCAAAACAUGUUCCAGAGUUUAAACAUUUUGUGGCUCCACUGAGAUCUUUCAAUACGAGCUUCCAGCACAUGAUUUGUACUUUUUUCUUGUGUCACAAUUUUCCAUUCGUUUGUAGAAAUCUAAUAAAGCAU